GAGAGCCAGACUCACUGAGGUUUUUCUUUCAGUUACUCAGUGUCUGGGUCACAAGACUGUUCUGGUGCUACUCCACCUCUCUCUCUCUUCUACUCACUCACUGUUUGGAAUCAGGCCCGACUGGGAGGGAAUUAUGGGGACGUCGUCAAAGAAGAGAGGUCCAGUGUGUGAUGAGCCAGCAGAGGGGAAGAGGAAAGGUCGCCCUAAAGCAGAAAUGCAGGAACUGAGAAGCAUUCCUGCCCAUUUGAUAGUACAAUGGAAGGAAGAGUUUAAGCGCCGCUCCAGGGUUAAGUGUCCGUGUUCGGGCUGCUGGUUAGAGUUUCCCAGCAUCUAUGGCGUCAAGUACCACUAUCAACGCUGCCAGGGGGCCACCGUAGCCGAGAAGCUGAGUCACGGCUGUCCCUACUGUGAGGCGGUGUUCGCCACAAAGGUGCGCCUGCAGAAGCACAAGCUGUGGAACCACCCGGACAGGGUUAGUAUGGAGCCCAAGGACGAGCAGCCUAAGCUUCAAAAGGCCCCCGUCAAGUCCAACACCAAGAAAAGGCCGGUGGAGAACAAUCCCCCGUCUCCAAUGUUCUUCAAGGUGAAAAAGACCCAUGAGGUGUCCACGCCGUCCCACAACGGAGAGCUGGCCCACCACAAGACUGAGAGGAAACAGCACAGCCAGCCUUCGCAGCAGCUUCACCAGUCCCAGCCGGUCCAGCCUCAGUCCCAGGAGUCCCAGCAGUCCAACAGCGCGUCCUCCGAUGGGGAGGGCAGCGACAGCGAAGGGGACAGCUUUCCCACUUCUUUCCACGACGAAGACCCGGAGCGAAUGAGGCACAGACGGAAGCAGAAAACACCGAAGAAGUUCACUGGAGAGCAGCCUUCUAUAUCUGGAACAUUUGGAUUGAAAGGUAUGACUAAGGUGGAGGAGAAGCUUAAGGCUGGUCGUGUGAAGAGGUCAGAGGGGAGUGGGUUCAGCGAGGAGCCCCAGAGAAGACCGACUUCAAGUCAGUCCUCCAAGAAAGAUCCAGCUACAACAAGUUCUGGUGCCGACACCCAAUGGCAGCGAGCGAUCCACGAGCGAGGCGAGGUGGUGUGUCCCACCUGCUCCAUCGUCACCAGGAAAACAAUCCACGGCCUCAAGAAACACAUGGAGAUUUGCCAGAAGCUCCAGGACGCCCUGAAGUGCCAGCAGUGCCAAAAACAGUUCAGGUCCAAGGCCGGACUCAACUACCACACCAUGGCCGAACACAGCACCAAGCCCUCGGGGAGCGAAGGCCAGACGGGCGACGAGCACGAGGAGAGAGAAAGACUGCGGCGUGUUCUCAAACAGAUGGGACGGAUCAAGUGUCCUAGUGAGCACUGUGGGAAAACCUACCACUCCAAGGCUGGCAGAGAUUACCACGUGCGUACCGAACACUCGCCGGCCAUCGCCGCCGCAGCCGCCACCACCCCCGCCGUGACGGCCACCAACACCAACAACAACAACAAGGACAUUAUCACCGACACCAACAACAACACCGGCAAAGAGAGGGUGGUCUCUGGGGAGUCACCAUCAUUAGGGAGGAAGGAGCAGAGCCAGUCGGAGAAGAAGGACUGGGUGGAGAAACCCCCCGCAGUCCAGCCGAAGGAGAAGGAAAGAGAAACCGGGGACAAGGAGAAGGAGAAGGAGAGGGAGAGGGAGAGGGAGAGGGAGCGGGUCAAAGAGAGACCGGCACAGACGGCGAGUCAGGGCGACGACUUUGAACGGACCCCGAGCGGCAGAGUGAGGCGCCGGUCGGCUCAGGUGGCCGUGUUCCACCUGCAGGAGAUAGCGGAGGACGAGCUGGCCAAAGACUGGGGCACCAAGCGCCGCAUCAAGGACGACCUGGUGCCGGACAGCAAGAGGCUAAACUACACCCGUCCCGGCCUCCCCAACUUCAGCCAAGAGCUCUUAGAGACCUGGAAGAACCAAGUGAAGGAGAAGGGCUUCAUCUGCUGCUCCAACGAAAACUGUGAAGCUGUCUAUUCCAGUGUAUCGGGACUAAAAGCCCACCUGGCCAACUGCAGCCAGCGUGGCGGAGAACUGGGAAAGUACACUUGUCUGAUCUGUCAGAAGGACUUUAGCUCGGAGAGCGGUGUGAAGUACCACAUCAGCAAGACACACUCACAGAACUGGUUUCGUGCAGCGGCCAGCCAAGUGGCCUCCAGUGCGAAGAGCAAAGCGCCGGAGAACAACGGGAUCAAAGCCGAGGUGAGGAACGGCGCCACCACCGGCAAGAAGAGGGGCCGCAAGCCCAAAGAACGGCCCCCCGCAGCCGAGCCUCUACCGACAAACACUGAAGCUUCGUCCGCUACUCAAAACUCAACCCCCGCCGUGACCCCCUCACAGUCCCCGACCCGGAUCCCCGACCCAACAGACGGUGCUAGUCCGGGCCUAAACAGACAGCCCGUCCUCUGCGCCGCCAGACGAAGCAAACCUUAGAGGAGUAGUUCCAUUCAGGACGCUCACUGUCACAGGACUCUAAAAGACCUUUCUGACUCCACAAGGACUCGUCACUGAGGAGAAACGUCAAAUCAACCCGUAGGAAGUAAAAACAUUUAGAAGAGACUUUUUCCAAGAGUUAAUGUGUCUGCUGUUAAAACCAACCCCCCCAUGUAACAGUAGCGUUUUAUUUCUCCAUUCCACUUUUGCCUCCUUUUUUUUUAAAAAAGGCACACAUUUGGGUUUCGGGGCGUGCGGUAGUAAAUCAAAGAUAAAAGCGUUUUUUUCUAAACAGAGGAAGAGUUCCAAACGAGUGCAGAGUGGUUCUCUCGACAAUGUCCAUGUUGUGUUUGAGAGGUUUAAAAAAAAAA